AUGCGUGCUCGAUUGCUUCCCUUGGUUUUUCUGCUUCCUCUCCUGUCUUUGGGAAUUUCGCCGGUGCAGGAGGUCCUGAAUGUGGAUGCGAGGGCAAGCCCGCUCGAUACGAAGUUGAGGCAGCUUGUCCACGAGUCGAUGGAGGAAUGGCACGUUCCUGGGAUCUCCAUUGGUGUUGUUGACGGAGAUGAAUUUUGGGCCGAGGCAACCACGGCAUCAUUGCUCACAAACACCCAGGGUUACGGCAUAGCAAGCUUCCCAGACACGCCCGUAACGCCCUCAACGCUCUUCUACGGCGCCAGCACAACCAAAGCCUUCACUUCAGCCGCCCUCGCCCUCCUCAUCUCCCACCCCACUAACUUCACCUCUCUAUCUUGGAAGACGCCCGUUUCUUCCCUUAUCCCUUCAGAUUUCGUCUUGGAAGAUGAAUGGGCCACUUCUCACCUGACUAUCGAAGACAUCUUGUCCCACCGUACCGGCAUGCCCAGGCAUGAUCUCAGCUACGGGGGCCAUUACGAGGGGCGCAAUGCUACGCCGGAGGAUAUUGUUAGGGCGUUGAGGUAUUUGCCUAUGACUGAGGAGCCGAGGGUGAGGUGGCAGUAUUGCAACAUGAUGUAUACUGCUGCUAGCUAUCUAUUAGAAACGCUGACGGGUAUGUCGCUGGGUGACUUUCUGAGAGAGAGUAUUUGGGAGCCAUUGGGGAUGAGCUCUACGUACUUCUCUAAUGAGGACGCAUUUGCUUCCCCGUCCCAUCUUGCUCAAGGAUACGUCCACCACAACGGUACUUACCAGAAAGUGCCGUACAUGGACACUCGUCCAGUCUCCGGGGCAGGCAGCAUCAUCUCCAACGUCCAGGACUAUUCAAAAUGGCUACACGCCCUAAUCAAUGAAUCUCCCCCAAUCCCAAAAGAUGCCUACAAAUCUCUCUUCACACCCCGUAUGCUCAUGGAUAGGAAUGAUGAUUCGCUUCUGCCUUACACUGGCCCCGAAUCAUACUCGCUAGGCUGGGUCACAUCAGUGUACCGGGGCCACCAAUUCUAUGAGCACAGCGGAGGUAUGGAAGCUUUCGGGGCCCAGAUCAUCUUCUUCCCCGAAUUGAAGUACGGACUUUGCUCUUUUGGAAACACCGGAGUCACGAGCAAUAACGUGGAGUUAAAAGCCAUCUGGAAGCUGAUCGACGAUAAGCUGGGUGUGCCGCCGAAAGAGAGGUUCGACUGGGACAAGAAGCAAGUCACCAUUUUCCCCUUCUUGGUGUUCCGAAAGCAGAUGCAGAGCGGCAAAGAGCAAUACGACAACCGGACAGCGCAAUACUACCCGAAGAUCCCCUCGCCACCACUGCCUCCCACGCUCCCGCUGGAGGAUUACGCAGGCACCUAUUUCCAACCUGCAUACCGCAACGUGACGAUCUAUAAGGAACAGGGCGUCUUGAAAGCUCACAGAGACGAUGUCUCGUGGAAGCUCAUGUUUGACCUGGAGCACAUCAGUGGAGAUUACUUCAUGGCUCACAUUGACUCCACGACGGCACCGGGACUGAUCUUCAGACAGGCAGUGGCUGCGGAGUUCAAGGUGGGGAGCGAUGGGGUGGCGAAUGGGUUUGGUAUUGCUAUCGAGCCUGAGAUGGGGCUAGAGGGGAGGAUCUGGUUUGAGAGAGUUUGA